CUCGGGCGCUCAGUAAGCCGCGCCACCAAGGCCACCUGUCUCUCUCUCUCUCCCUCUCUCUCUUUCUCUCUCUCUCUCUCUCUCUCUCAUACACACGCACACAAACGCGCACACACGCACACACCCACUCGCGCGCUCCGGCUUACUACGGCUGGCGAUGUGACGCGCCACGCUCGCCUUGUGGAAUAGCGGAGUAUCCAGCGCGUGAAGAAGCGGAGGAGAGCGGCUUUGCCUUUUUUUUUCCACGGACAGGGAUGAAGCGACAGAGGAGGACGCCGUUGACCAUGACUGUGGAUUUUCUCACGUUUUUGUGCGCCAUCGCGGCUGUUUCAGGGAUGGAAGAGACCAUUUUGGACACACGGACUGCCACAGCUGAACUCGGCUGGACAGCGUACCCUGCAUCAGGGUGGGAGGAGGUGAGUGGCUAUGAUGAGAACCUUAACACCAUUCGCACGUACCAAGUCUGCAACGUGUUUGAGUCGAGCCAAAACAACUGGUUAGUGACCACAUUUGUGAGACGUCGUGCUGCCCAGCGUGUCUACGUGGAGAUGCGCUUCACGGUACGUGACUGCAGCAGCAUCCCUCGUGUUCCUGGCUCAUGCAAAGAGACAUUCAACCUGUACUACUACGAGAGCGACCAGGUGAUCGCCACCAAAGGGGCCACAUUCUGGACAGAGGCCCCAUACCUCAAAGUGGACACAAUCGCUGCCGAUGAGAGCUUCUCUCAGGUGGACUUUGGCGGACGCCUAAUGAAAGUCAACACAGAAGUUCGCAGCUUUGGGCCACUCUCUAAAAACGGCUUCUAUUUGGCCUUCCAAGACUAUGGGGCAUGCAUGUCACUGCUGUCCGUCCGUGUCUUCUACAAGAAGUGCCCGAGCGUCGUGCAGAACUUCGCAGUCUUCCCUGAGACUACAACCGGCGCUGAGAGCACGUCGCUGGUGAUUGCUCGUGGUUCCUGCAUCCCAAACUCAGAGGAGGCUGACGUGCCUAUAAAACUGUACUGCAAUGGCGAUGGCGAGUGGAUGGUGCCCAUUGGUGGCUGCACCUGUAAGGCUGGCUUUGAGCCUGACAAUGGCAACAUCUGCAGAGCAUGUCCUCCCGGUACGUUUAAGUCCAUGCAGGGGACAGGGCUGUGCCUGCAGUGUCCUCCUAACAGCAGGUCCACAUCUGAGGCCUCAACCAUUUGUGUGUGCAGAAACGGCUACUACAGAGCAGAUGGAGACCUGCCAGACAUGCCCUGCACCAGCGUCCCUUCUAGCCCACGGAAUGUCAUGUCUAUUGUGAACGAGACGUCGGUAAUCCUGGAAUGGCAUUCGCCUCGGGAGACCGGAGGCCGUCAAGACGUCGUGUACAACAUAGUGUGUAAGAAGUGCAGUGCAGAGCGGCGCGCAUGCUCGCACUGUGAUGACAGCGUGGAGUUCACACCGCGACAGCUAGGCCUCACCGAUACUCGGGUUUUCAUCAGCAACCUGUUGGCGCACACGCUAUACACUUUCGAGAUCCAGGCUGUCAAUGGGGUGACCAACAAAAGCCCGUAUCCAGCGCAGCAUGUCUCUGUCGACAUCGCUACUAAUCAGGCUGCCCCAUCCAUGGUUCCAAUAAUGCACCAGGUCAGCUCCACCAUGAGGAGCAUCACGCUGUCAUGGCCACAGCCAGAACAACCCAAUGGCAUCAUACUGGACUAUGAGCUGCGUUAUUAUGAGAAGGAUCUAAUGGAGGUCAACUCAACAGUACUGAGGACUCAGACAAAUACAGUUCGUGUGGACGGUCUCAGGCCCGGCACAGUGUAUGUGGUGCAGACUCGAGCCAGAACAGUGGCUGGAUUCGGCAAAUACAGCAACAAGAUGUGCUUCCAAACUCUCACAGAUGAAGACUAUAAGUCAGAGUUGAGGGAGCAGUUGCCACUCAUUGCUGGCUCAGCGGCAGCUGGUAUAGUCUUCAUUGUGUCUCUGGUGGCUAUUUCUAUAGUCUGCAGCAGGAAACGGGCUUACAGUAAGGAGGCAGUGUACAGUGACAAGCUUCAGCACUACAGUACAGGCAGGGAACUUUCUUUGAGACCAGAUCUCUCUAAUUGCCACUCCCCCAUGGGCUGCCCAACCCUGCCAGGAUCACCAGGGAUGAAGAUCUACAUCGAUCCGUUCACCUACGAGGAUCCCAAUGAGGCUGUGCGUGAAUUCGCCAAGGAGAUUGACGUCUCCACUGUCAAAAUUGAGGAAGUCAUUGGAGCAGGUGAGUUUGGAGAGGUGUAUAAGGGGCGCCUGAAGUUACCGGGGAAGCGGGAAAUCUAUGUGGCCAUCAAGACCCUAAAGGCAGGCUAUUCUGAGAAGCAGAGACGGGACUUCCUGUCAGAGGCAUCAAUUAUGGGCCAGUUUGAUCACCCCAACAUCAUCCGCUUAGAGGGCGUUGUCACCAAAAGUCGGCCAGUCAUGAUCGUCACAGAGUUCAUGGAAAACGGAGCACUGGACUCUUUUCUUAGGCAAAAUGAUGGCCAGUUCACGGUGAUCCAACUAGUGGGAAUGAUGCGAGGCAUCUCAGCGGGCAUGAAGUACCUGUCUGAGAUGAACUAUGUUCACCGGGACCUGGCAGCUCGCAAUAUCCUGGUCAACAGCAACCUGGUGUGUAAAGUGUCUGAUUUUGGCUUGUCACGCUACCUGCAAGAAGAUACAUCUGACCCCACCUACACCAGCUCAUUGGGAGGGAAGAUCCCAGUGCGGUGGACAUCUCCGGAAGCUAUUGCAUACAGGAAGUUCACAUCAGCAAGUGAUGUGUGGAGCUAUGGCAUCGUCAUGUGGGAAGUGAUGUCAUUUGGCGAGCGGCCGUACUGGGACAUGUCCAAUCAAGAUGUGAUUAAUGCUAUAGAACAAGACUACCGGCUUCCUGCACCAAUGGAUUGCCCCACUGCUUUGCACCAGCUAAUGUUGGACUGCUGGCAGAAAGACCGCAACGCUCGGCCACGUUUUACUGACAUUGUUAACACACUCGACAAACUCAUCCGCAACCCAACAAGUCUAAAGGCUGUGGCUAGCAUGCCAUCCAUUCCAUCUCAGCCACUGCUGGACAGGUCUCUCCCUGACUUCAACACCUUCAGCUCAGUGGAGGACUGGCUGUCUGCUAUUAAGAUGUCUCAGUAUAGAGACAAUUUUCUCAACUCUGGCUUCACUUCCCUGCAACUUGUCGCCCAGAUUACUUCAGAAGACUUGCUGAGGAUAGGUGUUACUCUGGCCGGCCACCAGAAGAAGAUCCUGAGCAACGUGCACACCAUGCAGAUGAGCCAGUGCCAGUCUCCCACAGCACUCGCAUGACUACAGCAGGCGCCAGUCGACGGGCCAGGCAUCCUGCUCAGCGUGCAGGAGCGGGUGAGCACUGGCACAUCGGAGCGCGCCAGGGUUGAGACGAUCAUUCUGAUCUGAUAAAGAGACACGCAUGUGCUGACACACACUACAGAUUAGUGUGUUUGUAAAGAGAGAACAAAACAGGGAACAAAACCUAUCUGUCCAUCUAUCUGUCUCUGGCUGUACAUACAGGAUAUCCAUCGAGCCAUUAUUAUUAAAGCAAAAACAAUCCAUUUCUAAUAUCAAGAAAAUGGGUACUAUUUUUUUCAUCCCUUCAAUUUGCUCAUGAUUCACCAUGCUGAUGCUUUUCUUUUUCUCAACAGUUUUUAAACUGUGAGUGCAACUGAGGAUCUACUACAAAGAAAAAAGCACCUCCUGAUACACUUUUUUGGUUGCUAUUAUAUAUUUAUUUCCUUUUCUAUUAAAACAAAAUACAGCUAUACCUCGUAGUCUUCUGCUUCCCAGCAUCACUACCUGACAGCCGGCUUUGCCAAAGGACAUCUUGAACGGCCUGUGUGUAUAUCUUUAAAUAAAUAUGAAUAUAUCUCUGGAGUAAACCUUCAUAUUGAAGGUGCUUUGUAACAGAUACAUAUGAGCAUACUUUUCUCCUGCUUGUGUUUUGGGCACAGUGUGCAUUGCGGGGAUAAUACUGGACAUGGUAGACUCCCAAGAAAAGGAAUUUAAUGUAGUCAAGUUGGGGAAAUGAAAUGAAGCCCAAAAGGAUUAGCUUCAAAGAUUUGUGGCUGUCUUAGAGCCAAACACUGUAGAAAUGUGAUUUAAUUGUGUAUAAACAACUUGUAGGGUAAAGCAAACAAAAUCUUCAGGCUACCAAACUGGACAAUGUAUAUUGUAGAGGUUUCCAUGCUGAUGAACACUUAAAAGUUGUACAGUUCUUCUUCUUCUCCUUUUUCUUGUUCUUCUCCUUCUUCUUCUUCUUCUUCUUCUGUUCAUGUUGUUUUCCUUUCUUUGUAAUCCUCUCUGGGUUCCUCUUGUUUGUUUGUGAUGGAGUGUUUGGACAGCUGUGUGUGUGUGCAUGUGUGUGUGUUUGUGUGUGUGUGUGUGUAUGUGUGCGCGUGUGUGUGUGUGUUCACUACCUAAACUCUCUGGUAUGUCCCUGUUAGUGUUAUUGCACUGUUAAAUAUGCUGUACUGAUGUUCGUCUUCAAAACAGGGUCUUUAAAAGUCGCUAAUCAAGUGUUUACAUGUACAAUUAAUUGAUGAGCAUAUAGUCAGCUAGUGCUAGGAUGAUCAGCAUGAGUCUCUCUCUCUGUCUCUCUCACACACACAUGCACAUACACACACAAACACACGAUUAUUGUGUAGGGCAUGAAGCACCAUAUGUGUUCAGAUAGCAUUGGUAAACCUAGUGCACAAGGUCCCUGACAUCAGUCUGGUGCAAAGAGUGACUGGUCAUCUGUGGCUAGGCUGUACAUCUGCACGAACCUUUGCUAACAGAUGCCCAGUGCCCUAUCAGUGAACACAUUCUCCGGAAGUGAUAAUUGAGAUCACAUACACACACACACACACACACACACAAAGGCUUUAGGCUCCUGCUCCUGUUCUCUCUUUUUUGGUUGCCACGGUGAGGCUCAACAAAGUACCAUGCUUACUUACUCUUGAUGGGGUGGGGAAGAUGGUCAUAUUCUCCUGCCUUGAGAUGAAGAAAGAAGUAUUAUUUUAGUUUAGUAAAAGAUUCAGGGUGAGGGUGCUUCUCUCUCUCUCUCUCUCUCUCUCUCUGUCUCUCUCUCUCUAUGCCCUUACUUUAUGGUUGCUUUCUUCUCUUCUCCUGUGAACAUUUAUUUUUAGGAGUAGUGAGGGUUAUGAAAAUUCAUAGAGAGCUUUCCCAGUCUUGUGUGUUAGGAAUCAAUGCAUGUUUUUUUUAGAGAUCACUUCUUCUUCUUCUUCUUCUUCUUCUUCUUCUUCUUCUUCUUCUUUCAGCUCCAGACAGGGAUAUCACAGGGACAGAACAGGGAUGCCUCUGCCACUGAGAUGUGAGAGAGGAAUGGUCCAUUGUUGUACUUCUGGUGGGCACAGACUUGUAAUGGACUGCUAUUAGGACAGAAUAGGGGAUGGAUGGAUGGGUGGAUGGGUGGAUGGAUGGAAGGAAGGAUGAGUGAAUGUUUGGUAUAUUGAGUAAAUGGAUGGGCAAUUUUAAUAGAUGCCUGGAGGGAUGUGUUGUGCAGGAGUCGACGUAUUGAUGGAUGGUUAAGUCUUUGGAUGAAUCAGUGGUUGAAAGUAGAUCGAUUGCUAAAUAAGAAGGGUAAAGAAAUACAUAAACCUGGCUGAUAUGUUCAUAAUUAUUUCACAUUCAAUACAUAUUCUACAUCAAACAUUUAAUAUUUAAUUGAGUCUAAAAAGUUUAGCAGUAUAAAACCUUCAUAUGAAUCAUAAAUGAGCUACAAACAGUUUAAAUCAGGUGAAUGUAUGUACCUGGUGGUAAUCUGAAAAGCAACAGUGGUGUUUUGAUAUUAAUAUGAACUGAUCAGUUGUGUAAAUGUAAAGGGGUAUUCUGGCUUAAAAUGUAAUUUAAUAUUCUUUUCUGUUAUUUAAUAUUCUAAUAUUCUAAAUAGCAAGAGUAGCAGAGUACAAUCAUUGGGGUUUCUAGUGCAGUCAUGUUGUAACUAUUGCUACAGUGUUCUAUCUCUACCAAUACUCAGCAUGCUUUACUGAAAUACUUCAUAUAAUGUAAAGGAUUUCAAGCAGAAUGUAGCACUAAAGCCAAGAUUCAUUUAAAGAUCUCAUUUGUAGUAAAUAUGUAUGAAGUGGCAGAAGCUAAAGAAUAUAAAAGUGAUGAUUUUUCAUUUUUGCCAGAAUGUCCCUUUUGGUCUGUCUCUACAAUCCAUGGACAUGAAAGUGUGUGUUUCUAUUCACAUCAUAUCUUGUUCCUAUCAUUUUAUACUUAUUUUUCAUCCUUUUCUCUUUAUUACCAAAGAAAAACUGGCAAUGUUGAGUCUCUCCUUGAGGAGAUUCAUCCUCAUGUCCUGCAAAUGUAUUCAUGUCCAAGAUAACAUGGAUGUGUGUUACACUGGGAUUUGCUGCUUUUAUUCUAAUAUUAUCACUUUGCUUGGAGACACACACACACACAAUUCUGUGCAGUUUUGGCAGUUAUACCAGUGCUUCUUUUUUAGCCUGCCAACAGCAGAGCAAGGCAGGUCACGUCUGUAUGUUCCUGCACGGCUCACACACACUGGCAAAUGCUGGUGAAUAGAUUUGGUGUGUGGGUGUGAGUCUGUGUGUGUGAAGGUGUGUGCAUGAGAUUAAAACUACUGUCUGGAACCCAGAAGGAAUGUCCUUGUACACAAAUACAGUAAGGGAAAAAGUAUGUUUAGGAGAAAAAGACAUUGAGAGAGAGAGAGAGAGAGAGAGAGAGAGAGAGGUGAAGUGGAUACUAGAAGCAUGGCAUGGACACGCAUUCCCACAUAUAUGUAUAUACAGAUUUAAAGGAAAUGCCCCUCAUUUCCUGCUUUGUGUCUCUGUAUAGUUAAAACCUGUUUAUUGUGAUGAGUAUGUCAGAGUUUGUAACUGUAACUUUCUGAGAAAUAUUGUACUAAAAAACACACUCAAUAAAGAUCUUGGUAGUCCAGAACUCACACACUGUGCAUAUGUGUUAUGUUCAAGGUCUCUAGCGAAAAGGAAGAGUGUUUCUUUUUCUUGUUGUAUAUUUAACGUGAGAGCCAAGAUGUGAAUGAGCUUUGAGAAUAAAACUAAUUUGUUACUGUGUCAAAAGUAAAAAAAAAAUGUGUGGGAAAGUGGGUAUCCUAGCAGUGGGAAAGUGUAUGUGUUGAGACUGCAUUGUACAAUUAGAGAGAAGAAGUGAGAGAGACAGAAAUUAGCUUUGUUAGAUACCACAUAUUGAAAAAGCUGAGAGAUAACUGAAAAUAUCCCUGACAGAAUUUGAUUUGUUUUAUUAGAAUUACUUCUGAUAGUAAGGAGUUACUAGCUGCAACUCCUUACUAUAGAUUCACAUUACUGCAAACUGGGCCCAGUAAUUAAAAUGCUGUCAUGGGUAAAAUAGCUAUAUUUCAAGAGAAAAUGGUGGCUCAGUGAUUUUGGGCGACUUGUCAGAAGGUUGUAAAGGCAAAUCUCAGAACCAUGAAGCUGUCAUGGUUGGGUCUCUAUAGGUUUAAGCAGCUUUUUAAGCCUCUAACUGCUCUUUGGACCCUACCUUAU